GGUAAGGCUGAUGCAGGUGAAGUGAUAGAUGAUACUAAAGAUACCAAAACAGGGCUUUCUAUCAUCUCUAUCUAUGGGAAAAAGAAAAAACCAUCAUCAGAAGACCUCAAAGAUGUGGACAUUGUGGUAUUUGACAUCCAGGAUGUAGGUGAGUAUGCCAAAAUGAUCAAUGGUGAGGGUUGGUUGCCCAAUAAAGCCAUAUGCGACCUGACAGUCAUCGAAUGUAAAAACUAUACUCAUGACACAUUUUAUGAAUUGCCAGUAAAACCCAGCCCCAAUCUUCCAAAUAUAAGAUCAAUUUUAUUGUAUCCUUCUGUGUGCUUUUUUGAAGGUACCACCUUAAGCUUAGGUAGAGGCACAGAAAAACAAUUUCAGGUCAUCGGCCACCCAUCAUUAAAAUCAGACUUUUCAUUUACCCCAAUGCCCAAUGAAGGCGCCAAGGAACCACCACUGAAAGGUGAAAAAUGUUAUGGCACAGAUCUAAGUAAUAUUACAACAGGAAGUAUCAUCAAAGACAAAAGGAUUAACCUCAGCUACCUGAUUGAUUAUCAUAAUAAGAUGAAAAGUGCUAAUCAGAAAUUUUUCCUUGAUAACAACUUCAUUGACAAACUUGCAGGCAGCGCCCAGUUGAGAAAACAAAUACUGGCGGGCAAGAGUGAAGAAGAAAUCAGGAUGACGUGGAAACCCGGAUUGGAAAAAUUUAUG